AUGGAAGGAAACCAUGGUGGCUUUGUCAGUGCUGGCAAUCCUCGGAACCGGAACCACCACGGACCAGUUCCCACCGGACCGGUCAACACAGCUGACCCGAAUGGCCUCGUCAACACCUUCGGAGGGAUGGCCCUCAAUGGAAUGAAUGUUCCGACCAACCCUGGUACCAUUCCUCUUGGUUGGUUCGUCGACAAUGGCUAUCCGGCCGGUCUCAAUGCCAUGCAUCACAAUAUCGCCAUGGUUCACAACGACGGUCCCUAUGCACAGAUUCAGGGCCACACCCACGGCUACCCGGGUGCCUUCUUUGGCCUUCAGAUGCCAAUUUCAGGACUGCCCCCCUACACUCCUGGUCGGAGGAACAUGGCCCAACCUCGAGCCCACCGUGGGCAGUCUGACGUUCCAAGUCUCGAGAAUCGCCGGGGCUCCUAUUCUACCAACGAAUCCACGCCCGCUACCCCUUUUUGGGCUGGUGUGCCCAACCGAGAGAAUGCCCCGAGGGUAGCGAGCCUUGACCGGUCUGCAUAUACGACGCCGUCUCCGCAACAGCUCGGCAUGUCGGCCAUUCACGGAGAUCCCACAAAACCAGUCACUUCGGCAGUCUCAGACACGGCUCUAGAUGCGCUUUUGCAGCAGGACCCACCAGUCCCAAAGGCUGUUCCUGCCGUCUUCACACCCCCGGGCCAGAUGAAGACCGUUGAUCAGAGCCUCGAGAACCGCAUUCCUGGAAAUAGGAAUGUUUACAUUCGUGGGCUUCACCCUACGACUGACGAUGAGCUUCUCUACCAGUUCGCCGCCCGCUUUGGCGCUGUUGAAACUUCAAAGGCUAUUAUUGACACUGCGACCGGCGCUUGCAAGGGUGUCCGAGACUCGGAAAUGUGUAUCCGAGGUUUCCACAGGCUGGGAUACGAGGUUGGAUUCGCUCGUGAAUCCUUCAACUCUCGUCUCAAGUCUCAGGGGGACGAGGGUUCUACUAACCUGUACAUCUCCAACCUUCCCAAGACCCUCAAUGAGGUGGAGCUUGGAACAAUUUUCCUUGGGUUUACCAUACUGUCGAGCAAGAUCCUGCGUGACAGCAUGGGGAACAGCCGCGGGGUCGGAUUUGCUCGGUUUGAGUCUCGCGACGUUUGCGAUGAAAUCAUCAGCAAGUUCAAUGGCGUCGGUAUUGGCGAGGAAGGCUUGUUGAUGAACAUCCGCUACGCCGAUACCCCAGCUCAAAAGGAGCUCAAGCGUGUGACGGCCGAGAGACGCCAGUUCCGCACCAACGAGUACAACAUCGGUGCCUAUGGCACCCCGCUCGUUGGCAUGAGCCCCAACCUUCUCGGCAGACAGAGUCAAUGGCGUCACAGUGGCGGACCAGGCCGAAGGACGGCAACUACCGCGAGCACUGAUCCGGCGGGAAGCGUCUCGACCCCGACCUCGUCGGAAUUCGACGAGGGAGUCACGAUACACGCAGAACAGAACCCCGGAGUCCUUGCGAGCGCGAGCGCCCAGUCUUCCCCUUCUGGAAAGAAGCCUGUGUCCAAGAGGAAGGACAUUCGUCUCUAA